AUGGCAACACUGGAAUUCCUAUCCGAGUUUCGGAUCCGCGAGGGCCAGAGCGAUGUGCUCAAGGCUCAAUGGUAUAUUGUCGCGGCUUCUGCUCUGACAGCAGCCUGUGCCGGGGAACGUGUGGCUGAGCUGUAUCAAUUUGUCACCAAGGGUCUCCCCUUAGAGUCUAGAAAGCUUGUUCAAAGAAGAAUCAAGGAGGCUUUAUUGAAAGGUUCCAUUCUAUACGGAGUCCCGCGUGCUGCCCAGGGACUCGGACCUUUGUUUCGGUCACUGCCCGAGGAUGAAAUUGAUCUCUUUUCCCCCAGAACUGAGCAGAUGAACUCAAAGGAUUACGAACGAAAGAGGGCCGAAAAGGCCAAGCGGUACUUUGAUGUGCUCUGGGGUCCUGUAGCAGCCCAACAUCAGCGAGAGAGGGUAUUAAAGUAUCACCCAGACCACUACCUUCUGAACGUCAAGACGAACUACGAGCUCUGGAUAAGCGAAGAUGCUAUUCUGUCGAAUAUCGAGACACAGAUGUGCACCACAGCCCUUCUCAUAUGUAACAAUUCUCCCGAGCAGGCGCUGUGGCAUGUACGAGGGCUUCUACGUCACGGGGCAACAAUGGAGCAGGCAAAGUUUGCGCAGGACCUGGGCUUGGCUGUAGCACAUCACUUUGAAGCGAAAACAGGGGAGGUUACGAGGGUCGAAGAUGUUAUUCUGUAG